AUGUACGGCUGCCGCGAUACCUGUGCUGUGCUGAUGACUGCUUUGGCUCUGUUGACGUUGGCUGGAACUCGGGGACAACCGACGGCCGACACAUCCGGAUCGCGGGAGACAUCAACGUCCGAUCAGUCCUCCGCAGCCGACAUUAACUCCAUCGACCCAGCGGCCGCCUCGUUUUCCAGGCCCUUCAAUGGAUCGGCUGAAAGUUUGAAAAAAGUCAUGUGGAAGAGGUGCGUGUCCAAGAACUACGUGACGUGCGCGAAGCUGGCGCUGGUGCAUCUGGUGGACCGUCUGGAGAGGGCCAACGACAGCUACUCGCUAGUGUCCGGCGUCACGGUGUCCAGUCAUAAGUCGGUCGGUCGGACAGAGGAAGGCGAUGGAGACGUACCGGCGCAAACAGCCGCGGGUCGUGACUCGUCCGAGGCCUUUGACCGGUUGCUCGUCGACAAGUUGGGCAGGUACUUCGGCACGCUUACUCUCAACGUCAAGCUGUUGGACGACGCGACAGUGCGGUCUGUCCGGAAGUUGGGAGAGGCUGCGGCCGACGCGUCCAUUCAAUCGGGCAGGGGCAAGAAACAAAAGUACGCGCAGUCCAUCCUGUUGGCCGGAUGGGUGACCGGGGCCAUGCUGCUGGCGCUCGGCAUGAAGGCGAUCGCCGUGCUCGCGGGCAAGGCGCUGAUGACGGCGCUCAUGUCGCUGCUCCUGUCCGGGCUAGCAUCUUUCCGCGGGGGUGGCGGUCACUCCGAGCCAAAGAGCACCACGUACGAGAUCGUCACCAAGCCGGUGUACUCGCACUCGCACUCGACUGCGGACGACACCCACUCCGCUGGGUCCCAGAACAACCCCACGUACAGGCGGUCCAUCGGUGGUGGAGCAGGUGGUAGCAGUGGCGUCUUGGGGUUGCAACACGUGCCAGCCCCGUCGUCGGCCGAGGACGCCGACCACGUCGUGUACCGCAUCCACACUUCAGAUAAGACGCCCAUUUACAUACCAAUCAUCGAUCGCCGCUGA